AUUACAGCACAACUGAACGCGACGGCGCCACAGACGCGCAGACGCACUAUUGAACGUGAGAGAAGCAAGCUCAGCAGUCCCAGACGCUGUCGCCGCGGCGUGCUGCAAGCGGCACCGCAAACGGCACGAUGCAGCGGCUCAUCGCCGCCCUGCUCCUGGCAGCCACCCACUGCCAGGCCAGCAUCAUAAAACCGGGCGAUAAAAAAUACGUCAGUAUCAUAAGACCGGGCGACAAGUACUCCCUCGACCCGUCGCGAGACCAAUGCACCACUAUAAUAGUAGGCAAAGACGCGACCGGGGACGGCGGCCCGCUCACGAGCCACACGAACGACUGCAACGCCUGCGACUUUCGGUUGUCGAAAGUGCCGUCGAAGAAAACUUCCAAGGAUGAGAAGAGAGACAUUUAUCGCUACAGAGCCGAGUACCCGCGCUACCUCGGUACCGAUAAAGGCAAAACGUAUGAACAAGUAAAAAAGUACUACGACUGGAAGCACGGGAAAGGCGACUUCAAGAGCAUGGGUACCGUACCAUACGAUACGGAUAGCACCUACGCGUUUAUCGACGGCGCGUACGGGAUGAUGAACAAUCAAGAUUUGGCGAUUGGCGAAUCUACUUGUGGGGCUCGGAUCACGGCCUUGCCCGUGUCUGAAGGUGGCCAGGCACUGAUGGACGCGCGGGAGCUGUCGCUGAUCGCUCUGGAGCGGUGCGCGACGGCGCGAUGUGCGGUGGAACUGAUGGGCGGGCUGGCCGAGGCGCACGGCUUCUACGGAGCCGACGCGACCGCCGGCGAGGCCGGCGAAGCAUUAACCGUGGUCGACAGGGAGGAGGCCUGGGUGUUUCAUGUCCUGGCCGAUGACACGGGUACUUCAGCAGUGUGGGCGGCGAGAAAAGUACCAGACGCACAUGUGGCGGUCGUCGCGAAUCAAUUUGUGAUCACGACCUUGCCGCCCGAAGAACAAGGAUCGCAGUGGCUCGCUUCCGCCAAUGUGAAAGACGUGGCGACACGAAGCGGACUCUGGGACGGCUCCGGGCAGCUCAACUUCCUCGAGGUCUAUGGGUUGAGCCACCCCCACCUCUCGACCUACUCCACGCGCAGAGUGUGGCGGGUCUUCGACGUCGCGGCGCCGUCGAAACGACUCCCCGCGGAAACAGACGAGUGGGCGAGGGACUAUCCGUUUUCAGUACCUGUGGAAGGCACUUUAGGAGCAGAAAAAGUCAUGGCUUUACUGAGAGACCACUACGAGGGCACGCCCUACGACAUGACCCGAGGCUUGGCGGCCGGGCCGCACGGCGACCCCGCGCGGUGGGACAUGGCCGCCACGCCCGACGUUGGAUAUGCGGCCGCCGACUCGAUCACGCUCGAAGAAGCCACGUCCGGGAAAUUUGAAAGGGCCAUCUCCAUGUUCCGGACGUCCUAUAGCUUCGUCAGUCAAUCUCGAGGAAAGAGUAGUGAGUUGCCCUCGAUCCUGUGGGUGGCCCAGUACGCGCCGCACUCGGCGUCGUACAUCCCGCUCUACGUCGAGUCGGACGACGUACCGGAAGCUUUGUCGACUGGUAGUCUACAUGAAGUCGACCACACGUCGCUGUAUUGGCCGGCGGCGAUGGUAGGGAACUGGGCCGGGCGGCUCUAUGAUGUGGCGUAUCCGCUCGUGCAGGCUAGGAUCGAGGACAUCUCUAGUCAUAUUCAUGAGUCCAGACGCAAGGCGGAGAAGAGAGCCCUGGAAACGAAGACUCUGGCGGAGCGGACCAAAAUCCUCUCGUCCCUGUCAAAUGAAACGUCUCAUUAUGCGUUAGAUGAGUGGUGGGCGCUCUUCUGGGACUUGUGUAGCAAAGUCAAGGACGGCCAGCGCCUCGACGAUUUACAUGUAGAAAAGUUGAAACCUACCAAAGCUUUUUAUCCGCGGCGCUGGCUCGACGAGAUCGGCUACUUCCCUCGUCAAGAGAGUUGGAAGGAGGGCGUGGUCAUUUCAUUUGAUAUAUUAAAGUACGGCCUGGCCUUUCUGCUCGGCGCGUUCGCGGCGACGGCGCUACAGCGGCGCAAGCGGCCGCCUUCGCCAGCCCGGGCGCAAGCGACGGAUUAUGGGGUGGUGAGCGCGGAGAUGACGUGAUCCAUAGAAGCUGUGUAACUCUGUGUACAAAUUCUUAUUUAACAGACAGUAACUAUGU